AUGCGUUAUGCUCCAGCGUCAUUGUCAUUUUGUCAUGGAGCUACGGGGCCGGUGCCAUUCGUGACUCGUGAUGGGUCUGUAGAGGGCAAUGCUGCAAUCAUGUACGAAGAUAGCCUGCGAUGCUACGGGUCGGGGGGACGGGCGACGAUGCGAUGCGCAGCUACGACGGCGAUGCAGUCACCCAGCACAGGACGUCAUGGACGAUACGCGAGCACGUUUGAUGAGUAUUUCGAGGCGAGGUAUUUUUACACGCUGAGCCACCGCUGCCACCGUUUGCAUCGCGGCGCCUCCUCCAUCCUCCAUGUAGGUACGGGCCCCCGUAGCGCGUGCGGUGUGGGUAGGCAGUGGCAUCGUGGGCACUGUAGGUAUGCGGCGUGCCAGCCCAGCAGCAGCCAAGCACGCAGGCAAGGCAAGGUAGCCUAUGCUGCUGCCGCUGGUGCUGCUGCCCAGGCGGGGCGCCGGGGGUGGGCUGCCUUAGCGCUUCCCAAGGCUGUGGCACCUGGGCUGAUGGCGGAUGACAGCACGCUGAUGGAUGCUGAUGAUGCUGAUGGCCCCCGGUUCCUACCUACCUACCCACCAGCCGCCUGGGCACCUGGGGUUGGCGCUCGCUCACCUCACAUUCCCGCGCUGAAGCGAAACCACCGCCGUAGUGUACGAAGCGAGUCCCCGGUGGCUGGGGCCUGGAGCCCUGGACGCGAAACCCAAACCCCCAGGGCGCCCAGUCAGACCGGCGGGCGAGCACCCUCCCCAGGAGCCGUCGUCAUCCCUCGCGGCAGGCAGUUUUUCGUUUCUCCUCCUCCUUCUGUACUGCUUCUGCGUCCCCUACUGCCGUGGGCGCGGGCUGCGAAUGAAAACCACCAGCCAUGUGGUCUCGUGCCAGGGCCACAAAGGGGGGCGCCUCCGGGGUUAGGGGGAGGGAGGGGGUGGUGGAAUCUCCGUGUCCGUGGAACAGUUUUUUCUUCCCUAUGGAUGUAG